AUGGAAAACGAAUAUAAAGUUCUUGUAGAACCUGUUAAUCCGCCUUUACAAACACACAAGUCACAACUUCCAAAGAUUAAAGAAGUAUCAGAAAAAACCGUUGAUAAAAGAAAUAUGCUGUUCUUUCGAUUUCGAUUAGGCAUUACUCAUGUGCCUUUAUUUGGAUUUUUCGCGUCAAUGAUUUUUUUCCUAAAGAAUUCUCAUCAAAACCAACGUCAAAGAAAGUUCAUCAAAUUAUUCCUUGUGACUUUGACAAUAUUUGGACUGUAUCAUUUCGGCCAUAAUAAUUUUACCACUGAUAUCAUUCCAGCUUCAAAUAUUGUUUUUAUCAAUGACAUUAAUAACAUUACUCAAAGUAAUGUAAUUACUCGAAAUGUUAGUAUGAGAACCACGUUACAAGAGACUGGUAUCGGUAUGACAAAAAUUGUCGAGAAUCGCGUAAAUGCAACAACAAAUAAUAAUCACGCAAUGUCUUUAGACAACACUCCAAAUUCAGUAUCAAUUGUUGUAGUUGAUGAUACAGUUAAUUUCAAUGACGGGUUGAAUAGAUUCAAGGAAGAAUUGGAUAGUGUUAUCUCUUUUUUUACGGGUCUAAAUUCUCAAACAAGUGAAUCUGAAGAUUUUAAUGUGAAUGUUAAAGAAGAUAAUGUAGAAGGUGAUGGAGUUAGACGAUUAGCAUGUAUGUCCAAUACGAGAGUUAAAACCAGAAGGGUGAAUGUGAAUGAUUUUAAGGCCAUGCGACUUGAUAAAUCUUAA